AUGAAGUCGUACCAGAAGCUGACGCAGCCAUCAGCAUGCCAGCUGGAGGAGGAAGGCGCUGCCCCAGCACCCACCGGCCAUGGGAAGCUGGCCCCAUGCUGGGUGGGCAGCGGGUUGCUGGUGGCUGCUGUGCUGCUGAGUGCCAUCACUGUCUGGGUGCUGCAGCAAGUAUCGGUGGGCUGGCCCCGACCCACGCUGCCCCCCAAAUGUCUCCUGGUGCCUGAAAGUCACCGCUUUGACUGCUACCCGGAGCGGCGCGUGGUGGUGACACAGGAGCUCUGUGAAAGCCGGGGGUGCUGCUUCAUUGAGAGCCCACCGCCGGCGGGGGGCAAGCGAGGGGUGCCCUGGUGCUUCUACCCCCCCGACUUCCCCAGCUACACCCUGGAGAGCCUCAACCAGACAGCGCUGGGCAUGGUGGGGUUGCUGGUGCGGAGGGAGAAGGCCUAUUACCCCCGGGACAUCGAGAUGCUGAGGCUGGAUGUGGAGUUUGAGACGGACAUGCGGCUGCACAUCAAGAUAACGGAUGCGGCCAACCCGCGGUACGAGGUUCCUCUCGAGGUUCCCCGGGCAAAGAAGAAAGCAGAAAAUCCCCUCUACAGUCUGGACUUCUCCUGGGAUCCCUUUGGGGUGCUGCUGCGGCGCAGAGCGACAGGGAUGGUGCUGCUCAACACCACUGUGGCCCCAUUGAUCUUCGCUGACCAGUUUCUCCAGAUAUCCACAUCGCUCCCGUCGAAGUUCCUCUACGGGCUGGGGGAGCACCGUGGUCCCCUCCUGCACAGCAUGGACUGGAACACCCUCACGCUGUGGGCCCGCGACGUGUCUCCCACGGAAUCAUUCAAUCUGUACGGUGCUCACCCCUUCUACCUGCUAAUGGAGGAAGGUGGAGAUGCUCAUGGGGUUUUCCUCCUUAACAGCAACGCGAUGGAGGUGGCCCUGCAACCUGCUCCCGGCCUGACCUGGAGGACCAUCGGGGGGGUACUGGAUUUUUACAUCUUCCUCGGGCCUGAUCCCAACAUGGUCAUCCAGCAGUACCAGCAGGUGAUAGGUUUCCCGGCCAUGCCGCCUUUCUGGGCACUUGGCUUCCACCUCUGCCGCUGGGGCUAUGGAUCCAGCAAUGAGACCUGGCAGACUGUGAGAGCCAUGAGGAACUACCAGAUCCCCCAGGAUGCGCAGUGGAAUGACAUCGAUUACAUGGAUGGGUACCGGGACUUCACCUUCGAUUCCCAGAAAUUUGCCUCCCUCCCUUCGCUGGUGGAAGACCUCCACAAACACGGGCAGCACUACGUUAUGAUCUUGGAUCCCGGCAUCAGCAGCACCAACCCCAACGGCUCCUACUGGCCUUUUGAUGAAGGCUUGAGACGGGGCUUGUUCCUCAACACCACCCAAGGGCAGACACUCAUCGGGCAGGUCUGGCCUGGCUUCACUGCCUUCGCAGACUUCUCCAACCCGGACACGCACCAGUGGUGGCUGGAGAACCUGCAGCGCUUCCAUGCCCAUGUACCCUUUGAUGGCCUCUGGAUCGACAUGAAUGAGCCGUCCAACUUCAUGGAUGGGUCUGAAGAAGGCUGCCCACCAGGGGAGCUCGACAGCCCACCCUACACACCGGCCGUGCUGGGUGAUUCCCUCUCUGCAAAGACAGUGUGUGCCUCAGCAAAGCAGAAAGCCUCGGUGCACUACAACCUCCACAACCUCUAUGGGCUGAUGGAAGCCAAAGCCACGGCGAGCGCCUUGAUCCAGAUCAAGGGGAAGCGCCCCUUCGUCAUCUCCCGCUCCACCUUCCCCAGCCAGGGCCGGUACUCGAGGUACUCGGGGCAUUGGCUGGGUGACAACAGGAGCCAGUGGAAGGACAUGUAUUACUCCAUCCCAGGGCUGCUGAGCUUCAGCCUCUUCGGCAUCCCGCUGGUCGGGGCGGACAUCUGCGGCUUCUCCGGCAGCACCUCGGAGGAGCUGUGCACACGCUGGAUGCAGCUCGGUGCCUUCUACCCCUUCGCUCGCAACCACAACACCCAGAACGAGAAG